AUGAGUAAUGAAGGACUCGCAAUAACACCAGCAUCAUCAACAAAUAAACGUUCAUUAACUGAACAUUUUGUUGAUUAUGUUAAAAAAAGUAAACGUCUUGUUCCAUCUGGAAUUUUAUCACCAAACAAAAAACCUAAAGAAUCGAUUUCUUCAUCGAAACGAGGUUCAUUAUGUAUUGCAUAUGAAAUAACUAAAAAUUCAAUUUUAACACUACACGUGAUACGAGCCAGACAAUUGUCAUUUAUACAUCCGGAUAAUCAUUCAUUAAAUACAUUUGUUAAAGUCAAAUUUUUUGACUAUGAACAAUCUUCAACAAUAAUCUAUAAUACAAAUUCACCUGUUUACGAUGAAAAAUUUUUAAUACCUAUGAAUACAAAUAAUUUAUCAACACUAUCAAAACGCUUAACAAUCUCUGUUUACAAUCAAUCGGUAACAGAUAAUAAAAGUGACUUAAUCGGAUGUAUGUCAUUUAAUAUGAAAACUCUUCUCAAAACAACCAGCUGUACAAAAACUUCAUCAAAAUAUAAAUGGUAUUGUCUAUUGCCGGAAUCAAUUGGACGACAUAAACGAAUGACACUAAAUGUCGAAGUUUCAUCCUCACAUAGUCGAAAAACAACAGCAACACGACGACCACAUUCUUCCAAAGGAAAUCAUCAUACCAAUGGACUUUUAUUAAAUGUGGAUGUAUUUGAUCAUGAUGAUAUUCAUUUUGCUUCCGGAUAUCCUUGUACAGUUAGUGAAGUUAAAUCUGGUAUUGGUUCAAGUUGUACUCGACCAAUGCCUGGUGAUAUUCUUCUUCAAGUGAAUGAUACAAAUGUAUCACGAACACAAGCUAAAGCUGUUCAUAAAUUAAUAAAAAAUUUACCAUUACCCAUAACUCUUCAAUUAUAUCGUCGUUCUAUACCAUCGAUAUCAUCAGUAAAAAUUGAUAAAAUUGUUUUAAAUUCAGUUGAUCAACAUCAACCAUUAAAUAAUAAUAUAUUCUCAAAAAAAUCCGAUCAUAAUUAUUCAUUUAGUGAAACAUAUGCUGAUCAAGCAUUUUGUUCAUCCGAUAAACCAUAUAAUAAUUAUGAUGAAAUAACUAAUUGUCUUUUACCUGAAACAAUUAUUCUUAAUAAUCAUAAACAAGAUCAAUCUUUACUUAUGUCACCAAUUCAUCGAAAAAUAUCUGAAACACAAAGUGAUGAAAGUGAAUCAGGUGUUGGUUCGGAAAGUAAUGCUUAUUCUGAUGGUGAACAUCGUCUGGAAAUUAUCUCUGAAACAUAUGAACGUGAAGCAUUACAUUUAAUUGAAAUUGAAAAAGAAUUUAUUUGUCAACUUGAACUUGGUGUACAAUUAUAUUCACGUCCAUUAAAACAUUAUUUAAUAUCAUCAAAUGAACAUGCAAAAUUAUUUCAAAAUAUUGAAAAAAUCUUAGCUAUAUCACGUUAUCAAUUAAAUCGUUUACAAUCAUUAUCUGAACGAAUAAUUAUUAGUCAUAUUGGUCGAAUAUUUCAUGAAAAAGUUCAAUUGAUAUGUGAAGCAUUUACACGUUAUAUAUCUGGUUAUUCAGAUGCUUGUUUACAAUUAAAACAAUUAAAUAAAUGUGCAAGUUUUCAACGAUUUAUCAAUCAAGGAAAUAAUUCAAAUCUUUCAAUUGAACAGUUUUUACAAAUACCAUUAAAUCAUAUGGAUAAUCUUGCAAAUCAAUUAGAUACAUUAUGUUGUACAUGUGAAAAUGCCAAUGAUGCAAAUUAUCUUUUACAUGUUUUGAAAGAAUUACGUCAGUGUUCAUUAUAUCAUGAAUCAUCAACAUCAAUAAGUCAACAUCAUUGUACAACAACAAUGACAUUGAACAGUGCUAGUAGAAUAACAUCAUCAUUAAAUAAUUAUUCUGAAGAUCAAGAAAUUCUUGAUUUACAAAAUCAUCUUCAAUUUGCAAAAAAUAUUCAAAAUGUAACAUUAAUUGGUAGAAAUCGACAUGUUAUCUUUUCGGAUGUACUUCUAUUACAAGAUGAAAAUAGAAGUUAUAUUGAGACAUGGGCGAUUCUUUUAAAUGACAUGCUUUUAUUUACACAACGAAAUGCGAUUGAUAAACGUUUGACACUUGUUCGUGAUGCAAUUUUAUUAAAUGAUAUUGUUGAUUUUCGAUCUAGUAAUGAACGUGAAGAUGCAUUGAUAUUCCUAUCGAAUAAACCGAAUAUUCCAUAUAAAAUCCGUUAUCCAAGUAAAUGUUUACAAUGUACAUGGCAAACAAUACUUGAACAACGUCUUAAAACUUGGCAACGAUCAAUACAUGAUGAAUCUUCAUCGGCCGAUUCCGAUCUUGAAUGA